AUGUUGAGCUGCUCGACAUUGCAACCUGUCAACACCGUCUCUAGCAUCUCCCGCAACUCGAAAGACAUCGGCACAGCCGCCUCGCCGUCAUGCUUCUUCAAGACGCUCGCUGAGCAGGUCGUCACCAUCGAGCUCAAGAACGACCUCUGCGUGACGGGCACGCUCAAGUCGGUGGACCAGUUCCUCAACAUCCGGUUAGACAACAUCCACGUCGAGGACCCCGAAAGGCAUCCGCACAUGCUCGCCGUCAAGAACGUCUUCAUCCGCGGCUCGGUGGUGCGCUACGUGCGCAUGGCGUCGCGCAACGUCGACACGACGCUGUUGGAGGACGCGACGCGGCGUGGCGCACAACGGCAAAUAAGCGUCGUUCGCGGUGUAAGGCAUUCUCGACGCGCUGGCGGCGGCAGCGGCGGCAGCGCAGCUCGCGAGACCUGGUUUGGAGGAGAGAGAGCAGAUAGUAGAACGACGACGCAGCACACAGCACACCAUACCGUUGCAUGUAACUAUACCACGAGCCUGUUGGCAGCCUCAGCGCCGCUGCUGCGGCCGCGGCUCUCGACCGUAUCGGCGCGGCGCGCUGUCCUCCCCGCCCUGCGCGCGACGUCGACGAGUCGCCGCGUGCUGUCGGCGGCACCGCAGACGGCCACCGGCGUCGCGCAACACGCCCCGGCGCCAGUCCCAGCACCAUACACGGCCUCCCCGCCCGACUGGCUCGACGCGUGCGUCCCCCGCUCCCUGGCGCGCACGAAGCCGUACCUCCGCCUCCUGAGGCUCAACAAGCCGACCGGCGCGAUCCUUCUCUACUGGCCCGGCGCGCAUUCCAUCAUGAUGGCGAGCACGGCGCUCGCGCUCCCCUGGACUACGCCGGUGUGGUACUGCUUCCUGUUUGCCGUCGGCGCGCUGGUCAUGCGCGGCGCAGGGUGUAUCGUUAAUGACAUGUGGGACGCGAAGAUGGACGCGAAGGUUGAACGCACCAAGAUGCGCCCGAUUGCCGCAGGCGAAGUGUCAUACACCGGCGCGACAGUCUUCCUCGGCUCGCAGCUCCUCCUCGGCCUCGGCGUGCUGUCCCAGCUCAACACGUACUCUAUCCUCCUGGGCGCGGCGUCGCUGCCCCUCGUCGCGAUCUACCCGUUCAUGAAGCGCGUGACGUACUACCCGCAGCUGACGCUCGGGACGGUGUUUACGUGGGGCGCGCUGCUCGGCUGGGCGGCCGUCGCAGGCAGUGUCAACUGGGCCGUGUGUGGGCCUUUGUGGUUCGGGCACAUGCUGCACUGCGUCGCGUAUGACACGAUCUACGCGCACCAGGACAAGAAGGACGACGUGCUCGCCGGCGUCAAGUCGACGGCCCUGGCAUGGGGCGACAAGUCCAAGCCCAUCAUCGCGACCCUCUACUCGGCCUUUGUCGGCUGCCUCGCCGUCGCUGGCCACGCGAUGGGCGCCGGGCCAAUCUACUACGCCGUGUCGGUCGCCGGCGCCGCCGCACAGCUCGCAUGGCAGGUCAUUACGGUCAACCUCGACGACACGGCCGACUGCUGGCGCAAGUUUGUGUCGAACGCGUGGCUGGGCGGCCUCAUCUUCCUCGGCACCGUCGGCGACUACGUCCAGCAGGUGCUCCUUGCGGGGUGGUUCUAGAUGCAUAGCACGGGCAUUAGGGUAUGGGAGCGGAGCGGAGCGGAGCAGUAUGGGUAGCUGGAUAAGGGGGCUGGAGGGUUAUGGCGCGCCUGGCGUCAGACUGGCCACGCUGACACACUCACCACCGAGGAACUUGUCCGCCGAGGCGCGCUGUUGCGCCCAGUCGGCUUUGAAUGCCACGAUGCCGACAAGGAUGCCCGCGGCGAACCCUGAUGUCAGCUGAUGUCUACGCCACUAGCAGCUCACAGCAACCCGACGAGAAGAGCC